CAUUGUCGUCCCCUUGCCAUAAACAGCCAGAACCCAUUUUGGAGAGCUCAAUCUGUAUUGGUGAAAGAAGAUCGAAAGGCAAUAAUGGAAAGAAUCGACAGAAAGUCAUCCAUUGAGAACGAGCCAAGAACUCUCAAAAUGCACCAAAUCCAAUUUGCAAGAGAAGCAGCUCUGUAUGUGAUAAACACAAGCAGCAUAGAAGAAGCAAUGAGGAUUUUCACAGAGGGAUUAGAAGCAGUGGAGUGUAAACCGAUUGAAGAUAGAGAUUCAAGCAUGCAAAAUUGCUGCCAUGAAGAGGAAGUUGAUGAGUUACCAUCUUUUUAUCGGCUUCCAGACAUUGUUUCGGCCCCUUUUUAGGUCACUUUUUUAUAAAAAAAAUCAUAGUUUUUGUAAAUAAACAUAUGAUAUGUAUACUUUUAAGGUCUCAAGGAUGGAGUUUUGAGUUUCAACCAUCCUCAUCCACCUUUAAUCUCAUUACUUCUUCUCAAUAUAUAUAU